GAAACGUCAGUUGAAUAUUGCGGUUUGCGGUAGAAGGUGAACAGUCGUGCACUUUCCGCUAAAAUUUGUAAUUCCGCACUUUCACCGUUUUUUCGUGUUUAAUCUAUACAUAAUAUUUUCUACUGAACAUUAAUAUUCUUGUCGACCUAUAUUAACAGUAUUGAUUGUGUGAGCAUGCGGUUAUAGAAUAGGCAGUGCAUUUUUUCUGGACAGACUGGUUUUUUGUGCUAAUUUUCACCCUUUUUGGCACGAGUUAUUCGGAAUCCAACAGCGAACAAUUCUUAAGAACAUGGGCUCGGGACUCAACACGCGGCGUGCUUGUUGAAAGACAAUGGGCCACUUCCAUAGAGCACCGUCUUUAAGUUACACGUCUCAGGGCUCCAGUUAGUACCCGCGCAUGUGUUGAUGGGCGGCGCGGGAGGCGGCGGGCGGGCGGCGCGGGCGCUCCGCCUGCUUCUGCUGCUGGUUCUAGCGCUGGCUGCCGUGGAGUACCUCUUCGGCUCCAUCUUGGACGCGUCGCCACUCCGCACGUAUCUUUACACGCCGAUAUAUAAUGCUACACAGCCUACUGUCAAACCCGGUGAAAAGCCGCAAUCCUGGCCUAAAAUAGCACUAGCUAUCCAAAACGCAACCCACAGGACUCCACUGAACAACACAAUAAACAAUAAUAACACUUUCAACAUGACACGAAGAAAUGAAACGGAAUAUACAAGCACUCCGCUCCUGAUAACUAAAAUAAUGGAGGGAAUUAAAAAUUUGGUGACUACAGAAGACGGAGUGAGGUUCAUUGAACCAAAUUUGCCGCUCUGCGACGAAAUGCCUCCGGAUUUAGGUCCACUCUCCGUGAACAAAACGGAGAUAGAGCUGGACUGGGUGGAGAAGAAAUAUCCCGAAGUUCAUAGAGGAGGACGCUACUCCCCACCCAACUGUACUGCGAGGCAUAAAGUGGCUAUCAUUGUUCCAUACAGGGAUCGCCAACAACAUUUGGCGAUUUUCUUGAACCACAUGCAUCCAAUUUUAAUGAAGCAACAGCUUGAAUAUGGAAUAUUUAUCGUUGAGCAAGAAGGCUCCAGUGACUUCAACCGAGCGAAGCUCAUGAACGUAGGCUUCGUGGAAAGUCAGAAGCAGAAGGCCGGUGGGUGGCAGUGCUUCAUAUUUCACGACAUAGACCUCCUGCCUUUGGAUUCUAGGAAUCUAUAUUCGUGCCCUAAACAACCGAGGCAUAUGUCCGCGUCUAUAGAUAAACUUAAUUUUAAGUUACCUUACGAAGAUAUCUUCGGCGGAGUAUCGGCAAUGACAAAAGAGCAGUUCACAAAAGUCAAUGGGUUCUCCAAUAAAUACUGGGGUUGGGGCGGCGAAGAUGACGAUAUGUUUUAUAGGAUUAAGAAAAUGAACUACCACAUAGCUAGAUACAAGAUGUCCAUAGCACGAUAUGCAAUGUUGGACCAUAAGAAGUCUGCACCAAACCCCAAAAGGUAUCAGCUGUUAUCGCAGACCAGCAAGACAUUCCAAAAGGACGGGUUAUCUAGCCUCGAGUACGAGCUGGUGAGCGUGACCCAGCACCACCUGUACACCCACGUGCUAGCUAAUAUCGACGAACACAGCUGACGUACAUACUUCGCCAAGCUACUGUUUGGCGAUGCGCGGUAACGCAACCUCGUGAUGUAGUCCGUUGGCGAUGUAACUGCAAAUGUUUUCGCGUUUAAAUAUAGUAUUUGUUCGAAAAAUAGAGGAGGGUGAGGUUUUAAGGACGUGUGUGCGCUUGGAAUGGAGCGGUGUUGCCAGGCGAAAUAUGUGAUGAGUCAUUUUGAUAGGAAGAAUUGAUUGAAAUAGUUAGUUUUGGAAGAAUUUGAAUGUAUUUUUCUUAAAUCUUUUAAUUAAUCUUUAUUCGUUUUUUUUUU